AUGGCCGCGCCCAGUGGCCCCCUGAGCUCUUUGGAGAGCAGCAGCAGCAGCAGCAGCGAUGAGGAGGAGCUGGCACGGUGCCGCGAGGCAGCGAUGCCGGCCUGGGGCUUGGAGCAUCGCUUGAGGGGGCCGGAGAAGCCAAGAGCCGAUGCCGCAAAUAAUCAGUUGCCAGCCAGCCAGCCAAGCCUCAGGCGGAAAGCGGACGAACAUGAACAAGAUGGCAAUGAGCUUCAGACCACCCCUGAAUUCCGAGCCCACGUAGCCAAGAAACUGGGAGCCCUCCUGGACAGCUCAAUUACCAUCUCAGAAGUAGUGAAGGAGCCGAAAAAGACUGAAAUACAGAAAGUCCCCCCGGAGGAUGAUGGCUUCCGCCUUUUCUUCACAUCCAUCCCCGGAGACUCUGACAAGAAAGCUGCUCCCCAGCCCAGCCGAAAGCGCUUCCCUUCCGGCUCCAGCAGCGAGGACAGCGACGAGGAGUGGCAGCGGUGCCGGGAGGCGGCCGUGUCAGCCUCCGACAUCCUCCAGGAAUCUGCCAUCCACGGCCCUGUCAAAGUGGAGAAAGAGGCAAAGAAGAAGAAAAAGAAGUUGAAAAAGAAAGCCAAGAAGGAGGCCGGUGCCGACUCGGUCGCCCCGGCCGCCACCACCACCACAAGCGGGGCCACCAUAGGGAAGCAGGAAAAGCAUUCACCCAGGCUCAAUGGAGACCAGACAUCACUUGGGACCAAAAAGAAGAGAAGGAGGAAAAAAGCAAAGGCCAGCGAGGCUUCCCCAAUCCCACCAAUAAAGAGGGCAGUGGCCAUGCCUGCCAACUGA